AAGUAAAGCUAGGUUGUUAAGAUCAGAUUAGGUUUUACAUUAUAAAGUUGCUCGUAGUUUAUAUAUACUGAAAUUUUUAAAUAGAAAUGUAUUUCUAAGCAUUUUACAUUGUUUUUAUCAGUAUUAUAAGAUAUGUCAGACGCUUUCGAAGAAAUACAGGCAAUUAAAAUAAAAAGAAAUAGUCUACGGGAAAAAUUGCAGAAAAGGAAACGCGAGAGACAUGAGUUAUUUACUCUUACUUCUACAACAUCAGUAUCAUCCACCUUAACAAAUGAAUCACUUCUUUCCAGUGAUUCAGUGGGACAUUCGCACCGAUCUGACCAUAGUGAAUAUGAAAGAGAUGUGUUAUGUAUUUUACACGAAUCACUACCUAAUUUACCAAUCACAUCUGCAGAAUUAAUAGAUCAACUUCGUAAAAAUCUCAGUGCAGAUAUAUCUUCUUCAGAUAUUCAUAAAAUUUUAGAAAAACUUGCAGCUCAAGAUAUUGUUAAAAUCAAAGAAGUAACAGAAAAUGGUGUGUUUGGAUAUACAGUGUUAUCAGUGGCAGAGUCACAAUCAUCAUAUCAGUCUCAAUCAGAUGAUACAGAAAAUGCAGAGAGUGCAGAAACAUCUGCAUCUGAAUUGAAUGACUAUGUACCUGCGGAAAAGCAACAGAAAUUAGAUAAGAAAAAUACAGAGGAUAUAAUGUCACUUAUAUCAAUGCCUACUAUUAGAGAAAAAGAAAAUAAGAAGGUUGGAGAACAAAUUUUAGAUUUGUUGUCAAAGCAAACAUCUAAGGAGAAAUCACUAGCUGAAAGAUUUCGGUCUCAAGGAGGAGCGCAAGUUAUGGAGUUCUGUCCUCAUGGCACAAGGGUAGAUUGUGUCAAGUUAAAUGGUGGACCAGGGUUUGCAGAAAAGUGUAAAAAACUUCAUUUCAAAAAAAUUAUUCAAAGUCACACAGAUGAAUCCUUAGGUGACUGUAGUUUUCUUAAUACUUGUUUUCAUAUGGAUACAUGCAAAUAUGUUCAUUAUGAAGUGGAUGGACCAACAACUCAACCAAAAGAAUCAAAUGAAACAGAUAAUGCAAAUAAUAGUACAGUGAAUAAAGGUUUAACAAUAGAUAGUAAAAAUGGUAGUAGUACUGCUUGCCCAACUCCUAGUGCUUCAUUAGGUAGUGAAUUGACUCUUUAUCCACCACAAUGGAUACAAUGUGAUUUACGUUAUCUUGAUAUGACUGUAUUGGGUAAAUUUGCUGUUAUAAUGGCUGAUCCUCCAUGGGACAUUCAUAUGGAAUUACCAUAUGGUACCAUGUCAGAUGACGAAAUGAGACAAUUAGGUAUACCUGCUCUUCAAGAUGAAGGUCUCCUAUUUUUAUGGGUAACAGGAAGAGCAAUGGAACUUGGGAGAGAGUGUUUACAGCUGUGGGGAUACGAAAGAGUAGAUGAAAUCAUAUGGGUAAAGACUAAUCAAUUGCAAAGGAUAAUAAGAACUGGCAGAACAGGUCAUUGGCUAAAUCAUGGUAAAGAACAUUGUUUGGUCGGCAUGAAAGGAAAUCCAAGAAUUAAUCGAGGUUUGGAUAGUGAUGUUAUCGUGGCCGAAGUUCGUGCAACCAGUCACAAACCUGACGAAAUCUAUGGAAUUAUUGAACGUAUGAGCCCAGGAACUAGAAAGAUAGAAUUAUUUGGUCGACCACACAAUGUUCAACCUAAUUGGAUCACAUUAGGUAAUCAAGUAGAUGGAGUUCACUUAAUUGAUCCCCAACUUAUUAAAGCCUUUAAAAAACGUUAUCCAGAUGGAAAUUCAAUGAAACCUAGUAAACCAUAAGCAUUUUAGACAAUGUAAUAUAAGUGAAUAAUUAUUUUAUUACAAAUGUUAUAAGAACAAAAUUGUGUUUAAUAAAACUUGAAUAUAAA